AUGACUGGAAUUAUUUUUAGAGAAUGGUUUCAAAAGUGGGAUAACGAGUUGACAAAAAAAAAGAGGGCUCUUCUCUUCAUAGACAAUUGUCCAGCUCAUAAUCCUUUGCCUGUUCUUAUAUCGUUAAAAGUAGAGUUUCUACCACCGAACACGACAUCGAAACUACAGCCCUUGGAUUUGGGGAUCAUUAAACAUUUUAAGGUUAAAUACCGUACUGUGCUUCGACAAAUACAGGAGAAUCGUGUUGUAGUCCCAAUAAAUGUAUUAGAAGCUCUACAUUUCAUCAAGAAGGCAUGGGAUGAAGUGAGCCCUCGAACAAUUCAAAAUUGUUUUUCUGCAUGUGGAUUCGACGUGAUUACCACCGAUGAAUCAGACACAGCGCUGGAAAAUCCAGAAGAAGUAGAAAUUGAUCUGUACACAUCUGUAUUUGAUGUGGAUGUAAACUUUAACGAAUUUGUGGAGGUGGAUUGUGAUCUACCGGUAUGCUUUCCACCUACAGAUGAAAGUAUCGUACGUGAAGUGUUACAAAGGGAAGAAGAAGACGAUGCAGGUUUCGACAAUUUGGAGGACCCUGAAAUUGAGCCACCUACACCACCAACUGUUCAAGAAGCUAGACAAGCUAUCGACACGAUCAGAUGUUUUCUGGAAAGUUCUGAAGAUAUCGAAUACUACAUUUUCAAGAAACUAAAUGAAAUAUCUUCGGUGGUUUCCAAAUUGGAAAAAAAACGUUUUAAGCAAAUGAAAAUAAACGAUUUUUUUAAACCCGUAUGA